UAACCGUAACACGUUCUGACGUGAGAGAGGAAUACCAGACAGUGGAUAGACGUGCAGCAGCACAACAACGGUCGUGUGAGAAUUUUUUUCUCCCACUUUGAAUCAAUUCUAACCAAAAGCUUCAAUUUGCUACCUGCAAAAGCAGACAAAAAUAUUGUGUAUAGAAUAGAACAGCAGACUUGGUUGGUUUGCAGCCUCUGGUUUUACCCGCAACCCUUCUGUUUGGAUACAAAACACACCAUAGAAAAUGGCGGAACUUGAGAACGCAGGACUGCCCCAAACAAUGCAGGAGACCCGAGAUGAAGAGGAGCCGGGCAAUUCAAAGGCAGAGGAGAUGGACACCUCAGAAGACCUGCAAGAUGACAACCUGAUUGAGCGGGAACACUUCCACAGUUCUAAUAAUGAGCAGCAAGAUGGACAUUUGGCAGUUAAGAGAAAUGUAAUAUUAGAACGAACAAAAUUCAACCAAAGACAACAAGAAGCAGGAGAGACAGCUGAUGAUUUUAUCUCUGCACUUCAUUGUUUGUCAGAACAUUGUGGUUAUGGAGCUCUGCUCAGUGAGAUGAUAAGAGACAGACUAGUCAUGGGCUUACGUGACAAAAGACUGUCCGAGCAAUUACAAAUGGACCCAGAAAUAACACUGGAUGAAGCUGUCACAUGCAUUCGUCAAACUGAACUUUUGGAAAAGGAACAGGACCUGCCAGAGAAUAACUUCAAAGCUGCCAGCAGUGCGGCAAAUGUAGACAGUGUGCUUUCACAUAGCAAACAUCAAUGCCCAGCCAAUGUCCAGUGCCAAUCGGAGAAUAAUCGAAACUCAGAAAGACCACAACAACCCCAACCAACGCAGGAGAAUGGAGAGGAGCCCCAAGAUACUGGUGGCACUGAUGAGUGGAUUGAGGGUUUCAGUCCUGGAGGAGAGAAGCCUCACUACUGCUCCGACUGCAGUAAGAGCUUUAGAAAAGUGAGGGAUCUUAUAAGACACCAGCGAACACAUACAGGAGAGAAGCCUCACCACUGCCCUGAUUGUGAACAAAGUUUUGCUCGAUUAGAUCGUCUUAAGUCACACCAACUAACACAUACAGGAGUGAAGGCUCACCAAUGCCCUGAUUGUGACAAAAGUUAUUCUCAAUCGUAUCAUUUGAAAAGACACCACCAGCGGAAGCAUAUGAAAGAGAAAUACUUCCACUGCAAUCAUUGUGAGGAACUUUUCUCCAGACCUAAAGAUCUAAAAACACACAUGUAUGUACAUGCUGGAGAAAAGGCAUACCUUCAGCAAGAAACUCAUACAGGUAAGAAGCCUUACCACUGCUCCGAAAUAAACCAGUGCUCCGACUGUGGGAAGAGCUUUCGACAAGUGGGGGAUCUUAAAAGACACCAACGAACGCAUACUGGAGAGAAGCCUUACCACUGCCCUGAUUGCGACAGAGGUUUCGGUCGAUUAGAUCGUCUUAAGUCACACCAGCUAACACAUACAGGAGUGAAGGCUCACCAAUGCCCUGACUGUGACAAAAGUUAUUCUCAAUCGUAUCAUUUGAAAAGACACCACCAGCGGAAGCAUAUGAAAGGGACAUACUUCCACUGCAAUGUUUGUGAGGAACUUUUCUCCAAACCAGAAGAUCUAAAAACACACAUGUAUGUACAUGCUGGAGAAAAUGCAUACCUUCCACAAGACACUCAUGCAGGAAAGAAACCUUACCACUGUUCAAGGUGUGAUAAAAGAUUUCCUGACAUGGCAAAACUAAGAUCACACCUUCCAGUACAUACUGGAGACCUUGCACUCCACUGUUCUGACUGUGGAAAGUGUUUCCUAAACAAGGCAAAGUUUGAAAGACAUCAAAGAACACACACUGGAAGUGUACUAUACCUUUGCACUGACUGUGGGGAGGGUUUUACAAAUAUGCAACAGUUGGAAAGGCACCAGCGAAUGCACACUGGAGAGAAACCAUACCACUGCACUGAUUGUGGGAAGAGUUUUGCUCUUGAAAAAACAUUUAAGUGUCACAAGCAAGCACACAAGUUCAAACUCUCUGGAGAAAGAGCAGCCUAUCCUUGCUCAGAAUGUGGAAAUACUUUUUCUCGUUCAUGUGACGUGAUGACUCAUGUGAGACGGGUGCAUAAUAAAGAGAGACCUUUCCAGUGCUCCUGCUGUGGAAAAAGAUUUUUCCAAAAGAACUCUCUUACAAUACACAUGAGAAGUCACACUGGAGAGAAACCGUACCACUGUUCAGACUGUGGACAAAGCUUCUCCCAAAUUAACGACAGAAAACGUCACCAGAAGAGGCAACACUCUGGAGAGGAGACGACCUCUAUUCUGCAGUCUGAAAAGAAAAGUCACAGAGACACUCAAUAAGAAAGGACUACUACAACAAAGACACAAAAAUGCAAUAUAGUAACAGUAUCACUGUGUUAUUGCAGAUUUUUUUUUUUUUUUUACUUUUGUCAAACACAUUUUUUUUUUAAAUUAAUAGUCAACUUUAUUUUUUAAAUCACUGUUUUUAAAAUUUCUUAUCACUCUCCUAGUUUACACCCUGCAUAAAUGGUAUUUAUCAAUCCUCCCCUGUACCUAAAGCAUUCCAUAAGGCCAAACAACCAAAUGGGUAAUUAUUUGCCCAGUUGAACUACCCAAAAUACUAUAAACAAAGAUUACAACUGUUGUAAAUAUGGGCUAUUAGAACUAAGGUGAAUAUCAGCAAUGUGAUCAUCAGAGUAUAAAUAAUUUACAAGCCAAGAUGUAUUGAAUAAUUUGGGAAAUCAAAUCUAAAAACAACAAUUUGUCAGUAUUCAAACUGGAGAACAGUUAUUAGAUGUCCAUGUUAUUCAGGUUGGCAUGUACUCUCUUAUUUCUUACCUCUGAAAGAGCGGUCAGAUGAUAACGGUAGCUACUGCCAGUAAAAAAAAAAAAAAAAUCCCCCCAAUUUUUUAAGUGUCUUUAAUCCUAAAAGCCUUUUCCACAUCUCUUGCAUGAGUAUGGUCUGACUCCUGUGUGCACUUGCAUGUUGGCUGCGACAUGAAUGGCUUGGCUGAAUCUUCUCCCGCUGACAUCACAGCUGAAAGGCUUCUCUCAUGGACUCGCCUUUUGAGAUCACUGAUGAGUUGAAAGUCUCCCACAGCCACUCCGCUUGUGUGGUUUUCUCACCUGUAUUGAUCAGCUCAUGUAUUUUAAGAGAUUAAUUUGUAAUAAGUCUCUUUCCACAACAGUCCUAAGCAUUGGGCUUCACUCCAGUGUGUAAUUUCUGGUGAUAUUCAGAAGUAGCUUUAUGGAGAAGUUUUUCCGCAUGUGAAACAAAUGUAUAUGUUUUUCCUGUGUGAAUUCAUCCAUGUGUUUUUAGAGAACUGAUGGAGCUGAAGCCCUUCAAACAUAUCUCACAGCUGAAAGGUUUUGGUUUUCUCAUUCCUUGAGUGUGUUAACCAUUACAUGUGUGUGAGAGCUUGUGUAUUCUCAGUUGAUAAUUGUAAUAAAUUCUUUACACAUACAGUGGGGUCUGUAAUAAUAACUGUAUAAAAUAAAUAACUCAAAUACUGAGCUAUAUUCUAUGCAAAAAAAGUGUGAAAUGAUUUUAUACUAAUACAAUUGCUUAGAGAAAGAUUUUGUUUAACAAGUAAUACUUUCUCUCAAAGGUAGGGGUCAACAUUUUUUACACCCCUAAACAUACUUAAAAAUAAAGUAGUUAAAAUGUUGUAUUUGGCCCCAUAUUCCAAGCACGCAAUGAUCAAAACUUGUGACUCUACAAACUUGUAGGAUAGAUUUGCAGUUUGUUUUAUGACAUUUUUUAUGUAACCUUUAUUUAACUAGGCAAGUCAGUUAAGAACAAAUUCUUAUUUACAAUGACGGCCUACCAAAAGGCAAAAGGCCUCCUGCUAGGACGGUGGCUGGGAUAAAAAAAUAUAAAUAUUGGACAAAAUGCACAUCACAACGAGAGACAACACUACAUAAAGAGAGACCUAAGACGACAACAUAGCAAGGCAACAACGUUUUAGUUGUUUCAGAUUAUUUUGUGUCCAAUAGAAUUGAAUGGUAAAUGAUGUAAUGACAAUCACGGAUGACAAAGGGAAAACCAGCCACGUCUCGGACAGGUCUCGCUUCCGGACAAGCUAAACACCACC